AUGACGGUCCGAAGCUCACCGCGUCAGGACGAGGAGACCGGAUUGUGCAAAGUCAUGAGGCAGGCAGAGCACUUUGAGCUCCAUCACAGCAGCCUUUGUGACAAAAUGUGGAAGUGUCCUGCAGAGGCCAUGGUUCUGGUGAUCCAGAAGAUGUUGAAAGAGCUUCGGCAGAUGACUCCCCAGGAGCUGCAUCUGCUGGACCUUCAGUUGCUGGAAGCCACUGCGGAGCUCUUGAGUUAUUUGGAGGUGUCGAAUUUGGAUCUGCACCCGGAGGAUGUGGAGGAGGCCUCUCUGGUCGCCUGUGGUAGUGCUUAG